AUGGCCGAAGCCGGGCACCGCGUGGUAUUCUUCCCGUUCCCAUACCACGGCCACUCCAGUCCGGUCCUCCGCCUCGCCAGCGCUCUGCACGCCCGUGGCUUCGCGGUGACCGUGUUCCACACUGAGUUUCGUGCCCCGGACAGGGCCGACUCCCCGGCGGACUACGGCUGGGUGUCCCUGCCCGUGGAGGUGCCGCAGGAGGUGGUGGCGUCCGAGGACAUCGCGAGGCUAGUCACGGCCAUGAACGCCGGCUGCGAGGCUCCGUUCAAGGACCGGCUGGCGGCGCUGCUCGCUGCGGAGGAAGGCGGCGGUGUCCGGUGCGUGAUCACCGACGUCAUAUGGUACACGGCGCAGGCGGUGGCGAGGGACCUCGGCGUGCCGGCGAUGGGCAUCAUGACGGCCAGCGCGGCAAACUUCCGGCUCUACAUGGCAUUUCAGAAGUUGAUUGACAAGGCCUAUCUGCCUGUACAAGAGGGGCAGGAGGAGGAUCCAGUCGAGGAGCUGCCACCGUACCAUCUCAAAGAUUUGCUUCGACACGACGAGAGCAGCCUUGCGGGGUUCGCCGACCUGUUCCGGCAGAUCGUCGACGGAGCACGGCAGUCCUCAGGCCUCAUAUUCAACACCUUGAGUAGCAUCGAGGCAGCUAAUCUGGACCGGAUCCGCGAGGACCUGUCCGUCCCGGUGUUCGCCGUCGCCGCUCUCCACAAACUGGCGCCGCAGGCCAAGACCACCAAGUCCACCAGCAGCUUGUACGGGGAGACACAAGCAGACCGCCGGCACUGCCUCGGCUGGCUCGACACGCAGGAACCAGGCAGCGUGCUCUACGUGAGCUUUGGGAGCCUCGCCGCCAUGGACCCGCACGAGUUCGUGGAGCUGGCGUGGGGGCUCGCCGCGAGCAAGCGGCCGUUCCUCUGGGUCGUCAGGCCCAAGCUGAUCCGCGGCUUCCAGUCCGGCGAGCUGCCCGACGGGCUCCAGGAGGAGGUCCGUGGUCGUGGCAUGAUCGUCAGCUGGGCUCCGCAGGUGGAGGUGCUCGCUCACCCUGCGGUAGGCGCCUCAGCAGGUGAAGGUGUGCCGAUGAUAUGCCACCCGCUGGAAGGAGACCAGUACGCAAACGCCAGGUACGUGUACCAUGUUUGGAAGGUGGGAGUCAAGGUCGAGACGCCGGCGACUGGUCGGCUACAAAGAGAGGAGAUCAAGGCUGCUAUUGAGAAGAUGGUGGACGACAAAGAGAUCAGAGAGAGAAUGAAUGGCUUCAAGCUAGCUGCAGAGGAAACCAUUAAGGCCCAGACGGAUCUAACUGGUUUGGUUGAUCUCAUCAAGUCUUUUGAAACUUCCAAACGGCACAUACAUUCACCACGGAGAUCGGCAUCCUUGGAAGCUCUCUUAUAA